AUGGCCUCUUACGAAGCAGUUAGUGACAUGCCGGCCUCGCCCAUCCAGAGCCCAAGAGGAUCCUUGGACCUGGGCCUCAAUGCUCCUCUACGAUACGAAGCCCUCCCCGGCGAUGAGACAGAACCCAAGACCGACUCCGAAGACCCUGUGCCCCCCUCGAUCUCGAUGCCGAUUUCUCUCAAGCCCCGCACUAGGAGCCAGCACUUGUGCGACAGGAUUGGGCACAGUGGACUGUUUGUUCUCGUACUUGGUAGCGCUGUCAUCCUCGUUUCCUCCGCCAUUCUUGUCUUCUUUUGGGCUGGAGCCGAGAACGCUCGGAACCGCCGCCGACACCCAAAAUUCUGGAAUGGCAUCGUCUUCAACGAUUGGUCAACUCGGGUCGUCACGAUAUGCUCUGCUACCAUCCGCAUAUCACUGGCCUUUCAAAUCGGGUUCAUCACUGCGGCCAUGUCAGCGAUCAUGCUUGAGGCAUCCAGAUGUAGAUUUCGCGAUCUAGCUACUCUCUCUAUACAAAGAGCCUCGAGCACCAAUGCCAGCCCUUCAAAUAUUCUUCCAGCAGCUCUUAGGCAAUGCAUCACAAGUGGCUUCUCUGGAUUCUGCUGCUUCUUGCUUCUUUCAAGUGCAUUUGCCGUCGCCCUCGUGUCGACAUUUACCUCUACGAUUCUUCUUUCCGACUUUGGAACAGCCCGCAUCACAGCCCCAAGUAUCACCGAGACCAUUCCUAUAGGGAUAAACUCGACACUAUAUGACCGUUUCGAAGAGUUUGAAAUUGGUAUCUCGUCUUGCUUCAAGUCGAGGCCUUUCGCACACUGGCGCUUUGCGGAAGCCAAAACAAGCCAAACUUCCUCGACAGAGCUUGGGGAUACGGGAGAUGUCUACCGGGCCUUGCUCCCGUUUAGUAGCCCGGAAGCCAGGACCUCUUUGGAGUACUACUCUGGCCCUGGGUUAGUCAAUAACCACAGAACCGUUUGUGUCAGCCCAAAGCUCGAGUACAUAAUGCUCAACUACACUCAAACCGUGGGAGGAUUUGAUUUGGGAGGUAGGCUGUCUGCUGAGCUUCAAAACUCGAGUUUCGGGCCCGUAGGGAUGGGCUGCUUCGUAGAGAGCACCUGGUACGGAGAUGCAGAUUGGCCGCUCUUAACAUGCCGGUUAUAUGGUGAUCCCUUAUCAGGAUCAGUCGACUUUUACUCAGUGCACACUGAAGACAAACUAUCCGGACGUAAAUAUCUCUUUUCCCCAAUCAUGCUUAUCAACGCGAGUACACCCCUCGGGAUAUCCUACGGGACUGAAUAUUACCUUACCAAGUAUAGACGCAAUCUUACCACGACAACAGAUGGCCUGUGGACAAACGUUUACACUUUGAAUGGGACCCGGGUUCUGAGCGCCACUGUCUGCUUUGUUAAUACAAGGUCGGUGCCAAUUUUCAAUAUUACCAUGUCUGGGCGGCCCAUCCCAUCGGAACCUGCAGUUGAUUGGCGUCGGCUCUUGAGCAAAGAGAAUAGCACGGAACAUGUACAGCAGCUUGGCAUCGGUCUUUCCCCUGAUAGCUUUGCAAGCCGUGGGAUUUUGGAGCUCCAGAUUCAACCCAGCAUUAUGCCGCCAGAGGACAUGGGAUAUGAGGAGACCUUGGCCCUUUGGGCGCAUGAGCUUCUUCUUCAAGUUGCACUGUCCGAGGAGAGCCCCUCCCAGAGCUGGAAUUUAGUGACUAACGUCACAUCUUCGGGCAUGUUCCCGUUGACUGCGCACCCAGAGAACUCUGCCCUUGUUCAAAAAGUUUUACAGAUGACGCAAGAUCCGGCACAAGCCAUUCAUGCAUUAGCCUUUCGGUUCUCUCAGAUGCUCUAUUACGCUCACCAGCCAAGGUUCAAUAUCAGACGGCCCAUUACAACAAUCAACACUUCCGAGACGCUUAUCCCGAUUCAAUGGACCGGCCUCUCCGUUGUGUUGACGACGCUUUCAGUUCAUUUCAUUGUGCUCAUUGUUACAACAGUCUUGUUUGUAAUCUGGACCAAGGCUUCGUUGCUGGGUAAUGCUUGGCAGGUGGUCUCUCAGAUGGUCUCGCCUCAGACGAGAGAGGUUAUGGAUACACCUAGCGUCGGUUUGAUGCGCGAUAAGGAUGUGGAGGAAUGGGUAAAGGUUACGGGCCGUGAUUCGCAGGUAUACCAUUUGUCACACUCUGAUGAUCGAGGUCGAACAGAGAUACGUCUGCGUUAG